AUGCAAAAUUCCAACCCAAGCAAUAAAAAGAAAAAGGCAGAUGUCUCAAUUGUUCUGUCAACUGCCCCAGAGGACGCCCCUACUCACUGGCAGCAGACUCUCCUUUACUUAUUUGAACCUAUCGAGUUAAAGAAAGACCAAAUCAUGGAAGGUUCUGUUACCAUAUCUCAGAGCCAGCAACAUGCCCGGUUCCUUAACAUUUGCCUGAAAUAUUUGUGA